AUGGAAGACAGUGAAAAAGUCACUCAAAAUCAGGACAGUUUUAUUGAAAAUGCUAUACAUACCAAACAAACUAGAAGAGAAGGAGAGAAAACCAAAGAACUUGAUAAGGGUUCCAAGUGUUAUGAAAAUGAGCGAGCUUCUUUAAAUAGAACAAACCAGUCUGUAACCCAGAGUAUAGUGACUAGAGGCAAAAAACCUGAUUUUCAAUCAUUACUGAAAGGAGGAAUUGCCACUGCUAUCAAAAUGAAAAAAUCAUCAACAUCAGAAAAGCAAACUCUGGAAGUUAAUAAAUCUGCAAAUGAUAAAGAACAUCCAAAGAACACUUGUACUUCACUAGCUUCUAAAAAAGGUGUAGGUAAGAAGCCGGACAGAUUCCAACAGGAGAAGGACGAACAUAACCAGAAGGACUUUGCAUGUGAUGAACAAGAAUCAGUUGUAUCCAGUAGAGAUGAGAUAUCUUUUGACGAGAACACACAGGACAGCUAUGGAGAAGGAUCCCUGUGUUCAGAAUCUUUAAUUGAUGGUGACCAACACAGUUGUAGACAAAGGAGGUGUGACUCAACUGAAAAAAGGGAGAAUUUAAAACAGAAGUCUAAUUGUAGUUUCAGAAAAUUGAGUAAACAGUGUAAUGUUAAAGCUAUCAAGGCUAAAAAGAGGAAACGUUCUUUGUCUGUAAGUUCCCAAGGAUCUGACCGUAGUCAUAAAGAUGGAGAAAGGCCUUCAAAGAAGAGGAAAAUUCCUAAUAGACCUGGUAUUGUCUUUGAACUAGGUGCAAAGCUUGAAGCCAAGGAUUUUCAAGAUAAGUGGUAUCCAGCUAAAAUAAUAGCCAUAGAUGAUGAUGAUUGUGAAGUUUUGGUUCAUUAUGAACGAUGGAGUGCAAGAUUUGAUGAAUGGAUGUCAAUGGAUAGUCCUUGUUUGAGACCACUUCAUCAUGCACAUACAAGGAAAGAGGAAAAAGAGCGUUCUGGAAAGCAAGAACUGAAACACAAAGUAGGAGAUGAGGUUCUUGCAAGGUGGGCAGAUAGAAAAAUGUAUCCAGCAAAAAUUUCUGAAAUUUAUGAUGAUGGGACUUAUAAAGUAUUGUUUUAUGAUGGUUUCCACCGCAAGGUUCAGCCAAUCAAUGUUCAUAAACUACCACCUGAACUUGUUGGUCAAGUGAUCUUUCCACCAUCUCAUCAGUUGAAUGAAGCAAAUCAAGAUGACUCAAGUAAGUCUGGGAAAAAAACAGCAAAAGUCUCAAAGAAGUGUAUAGAAGGAGAAAGUAAAACAGCACCUGUGAAGAAGGCUUCAAAUGUAUCUAAGGAAAGUAAGCCUACAAGCAUGAAGAAGAAGAAGAAAACACAUGAAUUUGAAGUUGGAGAAGAGGUUUUUGCAAAAUCUAAAAAUGGCAAAAUGUAUCAUUCCAAAAUAAUAAAACUACUGGAGGAUGGCUGUUACAGUGUCUUGUUUUACGAUGGAACUCAGAACAAAGUUAAUGCAAAUAAUAUUCAGAAGUUGCCACAAAAGUUAGCAGAAGAAAUGAUCAAAGAAAUUCAAGUGUUGAUGAACAAAUUAAUCAAAAAUUGGUUAGUAAUGAAGAAGAAGAGAAAAAAACAUCCAAUCAGCUUGCAAGAGGAAAAGAAACCUGGGCAUGAUGACUUGGAAUUCCAGAUGAAUGAAACAACAUGGACAGCUACAAGUAAAGAAAUUGCAGAAAUAAAAUGUGCACAAAAAGUGGCUCCUAAAGAAUUUGUUAUUGAAGAAGACCAUAACCAUUACAAGUGUCAUAUAGUUGGUUGUGGGAAAAGUUUUCGAAAAGAAAAUCUUCUACAGUCUCACAUCAAACACUAUCACAGUAAAGGUGAAGAUUCUUCCAAAAAUGGUGGCAAAACACUUACUGCUGGUCUGGGUAGCACUUCCAGAAAUGUCACAGAAAGUGUUGGUACUUCCCCAAGUUCUAGUUAUGUAACAGUUAAAGAGGAAGUGACAGAAACUAAACACGAGUUGAAAACAAUCAUAGAUACAAAAGAUGAUGUCAUCAACAUCACUCUGAAUGAAAAUAAGGACUUGUCAAAUUCUGGUGAAAACAAUCUUCCUCUAAUGAAUAAAAUAGUACCUUGUUAUGAAAGUUCAUUGACUGAAAAAUCUAAUCUGUUUCAAAAUCUUCCUGGAAAUGAUACUAUCCAGUCUUUAUCUUCAAAUCCAAAGAAUACCACACUUGAUAGUGAUACAGGGAAUAAAACACCAACUAAAAGUAAGGUCUCAUUAGUACAAGAAGGAGUACCCAGGCCAUCUCCUACUAUGACAACUCGAAGACAAUCUUAUGCUGAAACAACAUGUGUGAAAAGUGAAUCCAAAACUAGUCCAAGAUUUGAGACUAGGCUCUCAAAAACUGUUUUUAAAUUGGAAGACUCUCCUGGAGUGGCAACACGGAAGACAUCUGUCCAGGUUGAAAACAAAAAGAAGGAAAAGUCUUGUGAAGUGAAACUAGUUGAUAACAAAAAGAAAGAAAAAAUAUGUGAAUUGAAACAACCUGAAAACAAAAAGAAGGAAAAACUGAGUGAACUGAAACAAACUGAAAACAAAAAGAAGGAAAAAUCAAUCGAACUAAAACAUACUGAGAACAAAAAGAAGGAAAAAUUGAGUGAAGUGAAACAAACUGAAAACAAAAAGAAGGAAAAAGCAAGUGAAAUGAAGCAAAUUGAAAAUAAAAAGAAGGAAAAAGCAAUUGAGCCGAAACAACUUGAAAAUAAAAAGAAGGAAAAAUCAAAUGAAAUUAAACAAAUUGAAAACAAAAAGAAGGAAAAACCAAAUGAAAUUAAACAAAUUGAAAAUAAAAAGAAGGAAAAACCAAAUGAAAUUAAACAAAUUGAAAGCAAAAAGAAGGAAAAAGUAAGUGACAUUAAACAAACUGAAAACAAAAAGGAGGAAAACCGAAUUGAACAGAGGCAAGUUUAUAACAAAAAAAAAGAUAAAUCAAGUGAAUUUAAGCAAGAGGAAAGCAAAAAAAAGGAAAAAAUUUCUGAUUGGAAGCAAGAGAAAACUACUUUAACAGGAAACAGUAAACCUAAAAUUGAAACAACUAGACGUAGAACAAAAUCUAUACAGGGCACAUCAGAUAUUACUCCAUCCAACAAGAAACCUAGGAUCAAAUUAGCAUCAGAUAAUAUACCAAGAACAGAAAGGAUGUUUCCAGAAGAAUCAACUCGAACAAGGACCAAGUCUCUACAAGAGAUCUCUUCAGAUGCUAACUCAUUCAGUAGGAAACGACGGAUAAUCUCAGAACCAAGUAGCCUGGAUAGCAUAGAUGAUAGUUUACUAAGAGAAGGUUUCUUUAAACAUGAGGAUACCCAGAGUUCAUCAGAAACUGUUGAAUCCAGGGACACGAGAGAUCCAGACACCUCACUUGAUAUGCCUUCUGUGACAAGUAAAAAAACCAAGAAAACUCAAUCUCAACAACAGGAGUACUGGUACGAAGGAGAGGUUGUUCACUGCAUAUGCGAGUCAUCAGAAGAAAGUGGAUUAAUGAUGCAGUGUGAAGUAUGCCUUGCCUGGCAGCAUGGUGAUUGUUUUGAUAUUGAAGAAGAGAAACAGGUUCCACAGAAGUAUGUUUGUUAUGCUUGUUUAGAACCUAAAGGGCAACGAGAAAGUUUCAGGUAUAAGCAUGACCAAGAUUGGUUUAAGACUGGGCAGAUGACUACAUUUUCUUUUCUGAAUAAGGAUGCUCUACAGGUCAGCCAGCCUGCUGCUAUGAAGGCUAGUCAUGACCUCACUGCAUCUCUGCAUGAUGUCUUUAAGGUGCUCCAUAGUGUUAAAUACAAACUGAAAGUGCUUGAGGAUGACAACCAUCCAGAUCUGAAAAAAUUCUCCAAACCUUGGCAUGAGGUAAACAAAGACAAGGAAGUAAUUUCUUCAGAAACACUCCAGCCUCAAGAUGUUAAAACAGAAGUGCCUACGUCGUCCUCUCAACCUCUUUCUAUCCAGCGACUUUUUAUGGAUCUUGACCAUUCCUAUUUUUCUCCAAUUAAACCACUGACUUCUUUUCCAGCAAAAUUGGUUUCUGGUUACAAAACUGAUUUAUUAGAGCAAGAUGGUAGAGAAGGUGAGGGUACCUCGGGUGAACUACUUCCAGAUUUGAAUGUUGAAUCCAGUAGUCAACAAGGCAGUAUCAAGCAACAUGGAAUAUCCAAAAACACUGAAGAGAGCAAUAAAAAACUUGGAACUACAGAAAUCAAUCCACCAACUAACUGUGAACAAGAAGUAUUUUUGGUCUCAUCUGGUUUAGAAGAUGUUGUUAUAGAAACAGUCCAUGAUUUAACAGGAACGACAAGCGAGGAAGUUGCUGCUGAAGGAGGGUUACAGUUUCCAGAACUUAAGGUUUCAUCAGAAGACAACGUAAGUAGCUGUUACGAGACGCAUGGGACAGAUUCUAUCACUGUUUCACAAUCAGAAAAUUCAUCUGGAAAACUCUGGUCAGGGGAAUUUGAGAAAGAAGAAACAUUGUGUAAUCCUGAUCCAGAAAAGUGCAAACAAGACCUACAAGAGCAUAUUGUCAAAGUUCAAGAAGAACUGGAACAUAGAAUGGACCUUAUUGAAGAACAAAUCAGUGCUUUGGAGGAUGAAUUAGACUUCCCAGUUGCAAACCAGUCAGGCCCAGCAGGAGAUACAGAUAAUGCAGCCCAGCUGUUGAUGUCACUGAGGGGACUGGUGAAAGAUUUGGAUGUUGUGAAGAAGUUUACACUAAUUCAAUAAGCUUGUUUUAUAAAAAAUAGACAUACUUGUAUUCAGUGUACACCAAGAAAUAGGAAUACGGGUCUUUUUAUCUUAUUUUUAAUUUGUUUUGUUUCAAGUCAGCAGUAAAAAGAUCCAUAAAAUGUAUAUAGACAGAUCUACAUAAGUAUGGAAGCAGUAUAAAAAAUCACAUGUACAUUAUAUUAACUAUUGUGAUUUGACUGUCGAGUUUAAUUUUUUUUUGUAACAUUAUUACAAUCCUAAUUAAA